GGCUCCGCUCAGCGGCCGGCGGCGGGCAGCGUCCAUUGCAGCUCGGCGGGGAGCAAACAUCCACGGCCUCUGGCAGCCUGCGGGGGCACCCGGCCCCUCUCCGUCCCCCCCGACACCACUGCCCAGCACCUCAGCUCCAGAGUUUCACAGUGUACAAGGACUGCUGCUAAGGCUGAGCGUACUGUGUCACGGAGAAACUAGGAGACCUGUGAGUAACUGAAGUUCAGACAAGGCAGAACUGGAAAUCCCUUCCUGGUCUUGACACUGCCUCUUCCUGGCCAGUCUUCGGAAAUCAUUCCUGCUUCAGCAGAAUGCAGCCUUCAAAGGAUAAAAAUACAGAAAAGGCAGCACCAUUCUACAGACUUUCAGUACCAAAGAGGAAGACCAGUUCUGAGAUUAUAAAUGAAGCCAGAAAUGUUCUACGAACACUGAGGACUCGGAGACCAUUUACACCUAUAGAAGAUCAAAGGAAACUUUUUGGAUCUGGAUCCUCACGAGCUCCUCGAAAUAGACCUCCUUCAGUUUUUAGUCUUCAUGCAUCCAGUUUUGAUUUGGCUGAAUCAAGACCAGUGUCUGGUGUUCGUCUUAGCCCGCUGGAUCAUAAACCAGAACUAGUCGCUUUUGCAAAAGAUGAAGAUUUUUCCAUUUCCUUUCCAAAACCUCCCGCCGAUGCUGCAGAGGUUAGAAAGCUCAGCAGUGCUCGGGCUCGCUUUUUUAGAAGAACUUCUCAGGGAAAUUUCCUUUCUGCUAAAAUGGUUCCUCCUGAUCAGAAUGAUGAGAAGCUAGAUUCUGAAGAAACAGCUGUGAUGAAUAAUCUUUGCAGAAGUAAUAAUAACUGCCUAGCAGAGCAAAGGUCAUACACCCCAUUUAACGAUGAAAGCAGACAAUUAAUUUGUAAUGAGCAUUUCAGCAGAUCGGAGAGGGAAGAUUCCCUAAAAGGGACAACAGAAAAAUUUUUAUUUCAACCGGGAGGAGAAAGAAGUGUCAACAGUGAUGGCAGAUUUGAUGAUGAAGAGCAACAGUUUCCCUGUGGAAACCAGUUUGGUUCUUCUGAUGUCUUCAACGCACCCCCAACCCAAAGAAGUUGCCUUAAGCAGUCAUGUAGAAUUCGCCAACAAAAGAUACCUAUAGAUACAAAGUUAAGAGUUCUCUGUGGAAUCUUAUCUUCUGGAUCACAAAGUUGUGACCAGAAGAAAAAGCCUGGCACGAGUUCAUCACAGCCAAGAGGUACAGACUGGGAGAGAAGAGUAACAGGCUCAGAGGAUGAAACAAGAAAAAAUGAAUCGGAAGAGGAAGAAAUCUUUUGGCAUAUAAAGGUUCUACCAAUUCUGCAUGAACUGGAAAAAGAAGACAAUAUAGAAAAUCUUUGUCUGGCUUGCACAGAGCUCUAUCAAGCCUUGAAUGAAGGAAAUAUGCUUGGAAAAAGAUUUAAAAGAAGAAGUGCGCUUCUGAAGAUAUUAUAUAAACUUGUAGACAUUGAUUCAGAUCCACUUUGUCUGAAGCUGGCAAAGAUUAUUCUGGCUAUGAAAGUGGAUGGAAAAAAUCUUCUCAGUGUUUGCAAGCUUGCAUUUAAAAUUUGCAGGAAUGAAAAAAAUGAUAACAUGAUUCAAAAUGAUAGAUUAUUGGAUUGUUUGUUGGAGGUCCUGAGAACUGAAGAUCUACAAAAAAACUGUGAAGCUCUCCUGUAUUGCAUGGGAGCUGUAAAAUGCAUGUCUGGAAAUGCAGUACUCCUUAAUGAAAUGGUCAACAAAGGAGCUGUUGAAAUGUUUCUGCAAUUAAUGAAGCAGAUUAAUAAUAUAAAAGAAAAUGACACAUAUUUCUCCAACUUGGGCCACUUGUUAGUCCAGGUGACAGCUACUCUGCGAAAUGUGGCUGACUUACCUCCGGCAAGAUGCCAGCUCAUUUGCAGAGGCGCAGUCCCUGAGCUCUGCGUGGCGCUAGAGCAGCGUAUCAACGAUAAGGACGUCUGCACCUACAUUGUCAGGAUUUUCAGCAAACUUUCUUCCUACAAUGACUUCUGUGCAGCUUUAGCAGACUGCUCCAGAUGUUACAUCUUAUUUUUAGCCCUACUAAACGAACACCACAAGCAGCAGGAUUUGGUUAUCCGUAUCAUCUUCAUUCUUGGUAAUUUAACAGAAAAGAAUAACCAGGCCCGUGAGCAAUUCUUUAAAGAAAGAGGAAGUGUUAACACCUUGAUAUCAUUAUUCCAAACCUACCAUGAACUUGAUUUGGAUGCACAGAAAUGGUACCAUGAAAGAGGAAGGGAAGAGAAAAACCAUCCAAAGCAUCCUUCAGAAGCAGAAGAUGUUCUGAUAAAACUGAUAAGAGUCCUGGCCAAUCUAUCCAUUCAUCCCAGUGUAGGAGCAGCUCUGGCAGCUGCCCAUCGUAUUGUAGAAUUACUUAUUACAGUACUAGAAUACAAAUCAAUUGAUGACUGUGAGGAGUUGGUCAUCAAUGCUGCAACAACAAUCAACAAUUUAUCCUACUACAAAACGAAGAGUUCUGCUGUUCAAGACAAGAAGCUGCACAUUGCUGAAAUGCUUUUAAAGCUGUUAAUGAGCAACAAUAUGGAUGGAGUUGUAGAGGCUGUCAGAGUCUUUGGCAAUCUUUCCCAGUAUCAUGAGAUCUGUGACUUCAUCAUGCAGAAAAAGAUACACAAGUUCAUGAUUGCUUUGCUUGACGCCAAGAACCAAGAUGUCUGUUUUUCUGCCUGUGGAGUUCUGCUCAAUCUCACCGUAGAUAAGAACAAACGAGCUCUUCUGAUGGAAGGAGGAGGAAUUGGAAAGUUAGUUGACUGUUUACAAGACUUUGGGCCAGCAGACUGGCAGUUGGCUUGUUUGAUAUGCAAAACCCUGUUGAACUACAGUGAAAACAUCACAAGUGCGGCCUCGUGCUUUGGAGAAGAUACCGACACGUUGCUGGUGCUGCUCACAUCGCUCUUAGAUGAAGAGCUAGCAUUGGAUCACAGCCUCGACACAGACUUAAGGGACCACCACAAACUAUAUUGGGAGAGAGAGUUCAAACCUGUGGCAGAAAAACUUCUUGACAGAAUUCAAAGGCAUCACUCCUGUCUUCCAGCUGUGACUAUUACUCCAUUUUAAUCAGUCAUUAUUUUUUUGUGGUGUAGACUGUACAGCUUCUAAUAUCCCUGUACAUUGGUCAGCAUGUUGGAGAGUGUGGCAAUUUAAUUUUUAAAAAAAAAAGUCAGUAAAGCCUUGCAUUUAUAUACUGGAUACUGUCUUUUGAGACGCUUUUAUGCAUUCUUUGCAUGCGUAAUUACUUUUUACAAUAUAUUUGAACUGAAUAUAUUGCAGCUGUUCAUUCAGUGUGAUUUGUCUAUUUAAGCGCAUAGUUUUUUGACUGGGAAAAUUUGCUAAAUUCUUAAUUUUUAAAAGGUAAAUUACCAUGGAGUACCUGGACUUCUGUGAUACCAAAAAUGUAGGUCCAGCUCUGCAGGUAAGAGGCUUUUCUCAAUUGGGACUUCACAUCUUAAGGCAAACCCCCUGUAUCCCUGCUGUAAAAGAUUUUUAGCUACCCUGGUGUCUUCUUUCAGUUGUUCCCACAUUCCCAGGAGCCACUUGUGGGCCUGUACUUCUCAGAUGGUCUUGGCCAGCCGUUUCCCCUGGCUCGUGUCUCCAUCCUGGGGCCAAAAAGGCUCUGCAUCCCUCACAUUCCUUCUAGCUGCUUCUGCCUUGUUUAUUGCUCAGUUUUGAUCCUCUCAGUGUGUAGAAGUCCCUUCUUGUAGCCCAUGAAUUAGCUCAGCAGGUGCGUCACUGGCCUCAAGCAUUAAAAGCCCAAUUGGCUACAGAAAGCUUUACUGACCUGACCCAUUUCUCUUUUUUCUGACCUCAAAUUACUAAGAAUAAACUGCUGUGCAGGGGCUGCUGGGCUCCUGGCUCCGAUCCUGAGGGUCAGUGGCCUGGCAUGUGGUGUGCGUGCCCGGAGAGCAGGUCUCCAGCCUGGCAAUCCCUGGGGAGAGGCUGGAGGGAUUUGUUGUUCUGAGGCAGCAACUCGGAGCCCCCUCAGUGGCACCACUGGACCUUUGGCAGUGCCUGGGGAUCUGCUUCCAGCGAGGAGAUGGAGGGAGGAGCCUGGGAAGCAGAGCAGUAGUAGAAGGGCAGGGAAGCCUUUCUCCAAGGGUAGGUCCCUGCUUCUGUAUUCCUGUUGAUGGAGUAGGGGAGGGGGGAUUUCAUGGUCCAGGUGUUGGAAGCGGUGAGGAGGGAAUGUCAGUGAAGACAAUGAAAUGUGUGAUGUUCCUUUUGUCCCAGCAGCUCGGGAGCUUCUUGAGACCAGCAGGACCUGGGGAGUGCGUGCGGCUGCCUCCGUCGCUGCAACCCACAGGAGACAGCUGCUCGGCACUUGGACAGGUCCCCACCGAGGGCUCUGGGUGCCACCGCGCUUAACAGCCUCGCUUGGGCUCUGCUGCUCCGGGCCACAAACACCUCCCUGUUUUUCAUGGAAAAUCCCCAAACGUUUUCAGGCCUUUUCUCCAAGUUUGUUCUGGCAGGUAACGGCUGCGUUUGGUGUCAUUUGCCUGAUUUCCAUGAGGAUGGAUGGUGAUUGCACUGAAUGACACGUACGUGUAUGAUCCUUGGAUUCUGAUGGCUAUGGAGAUGCAAAGUCUUGGGUUUUAAAGAAGGAUUUGUGUGCUUGAAAAGCUCGUCUCUAUCAGAGUGCAAACCACAGUCUUGAUAUAAACUUUAAAGCUGCGGUCCAACAACUGAUUAAUUUCACCGUAGUCAUAAUCAUCGUAUCUGUUUGGGAUUGAAAGAAAAACACUUUCAUUUUCAAGAAGCAGAGAAGAAGGAAAAAUGAAGAACGAGUGUAAGUGCACAUUUAAUGAAGCCUCAAAGGAAAGCUACUGCAAGAGAAUCUUAUUUCACCAGAGCUGUUUUAACACCACAACACACUAUUAAUUCAAUAUCUGGUCUUGUAAAAAUCCAUCAGCACAAAGCAAAAUAAAGUCAGCUUCAGUUUAUACUCUUGUGCCCUUUUCCUCUCUGCCUUUUGCAGUCGGUUUGCUCCUUGAGAGACCCAGCGAGCUCCAGCAGACAAAAUUUAAAUGUCAGACAAGGCUUAGUUCACAUCAUGCUUUUC